CGCAUCAGUAACAAAGCCAACAGUUUCCGGGUAUCAAUGGAAGCCCUCCCUUUGUCAUCGCCGGCAGCAAGCGGCACCGCCACGCGGAAGCGCGAAACUUCGGCAAUGUCUCGUCUGAAGAAAAGGUGCCUGUCCUGUGCAGUUUCAGUUGGAGAAAUUUUCCGGUAUCUGAAAGCAAUCGCGGUGGGUCAGACUAAGAAAAUGAUGGCGAAAACGGAGAAGGAAGCAACGGAGGCGGAUUUGCAGACGGCCAAGAUGCAGGUGGAGGCCGCCGAUGAAGCUGAAAAUAUCAAGAAGCGACUUGAUUAAUCCAUGUCUAAAAGUUCUCUCUUUUGUUUUCCAAUUCGAGUGUAUAACUAUACAUAUAUAUUUCAUCUUUG